AUGUCUGUCCUUCCACCAGACGUCCACGCUGAGCUGUCCCAGCUGCUGCAAGCUCUGCAGUCCCCGGACAACUCCGUCCGAACCCAAGCCGAAGACCACCUCCAGAACAACUGGACCGCCAACAGACCCGAGGUUUUGUUGAUGGGCCUGGCAGAGCAAAUUCAAGUUGCCUCCGACGCUUCGAUACGAUCCUUUGCCGCCGUCAUUUUCCGAAGAAUCGCCUCCAAGAGCCGCAAGAAUGAGCGCGGUGAGCUCGUCGACAUGUUCUUGUCCUUGUCCCAGGACCAGGCUGCCGCCAUCCGACAGAAGCUUCUCGAGAGCCUCGGAGGCGAUUUUCAGCGUGCCGUGCGCAAUAAAAUCAGUGACGCCGUCGCCGAGGUCGCGAGACAAUACACUGAGAACAACGAUUCCUGGCCCGAGCUGCUGGGUGGCCUUUUCCAACUCAGCAUUGCCCCCGACGCCGAGAAGCGUGAAACUGCUUUCCGCGUCUUCGCCACGACCCCGGGGAUUAUCGAGAAGCAGCACGAAGACACCGUCAUUCAGGCCUUCCAGAAGGGCUUUAAAGAUGAUUCCGUGCAGGUGCGCCUGGCCGCCAUGGAGGCCUUCGCAGCCUUCUUCAGGAGCUUGGGAAAGAAGGUGCAGCCCAAGUACUAUCCUCUGAUUCCAGAUGUCCUCAAUAUUCUGCCGCCUAUCAAGGACAGCCACGACUCCGAGGACCUUAGCAGUGCCCUUGUCGCCCUCAUCGACAUGGCUGAGACGGCGCCCAAGAUGUUCAAGCCCCUUUUCCACAACCUUGUCCAGUUCAGCGUGUCUGUAAUCCAGGACAAGGAACUCGACAACCUCUGCCGCCAGAAUGCGCUCGAGUUGAUGGCCACGUUCGCCGACUACGCGCCCUCCGUUUGCCGGAAGGAUGCCACUUACACCAACGACAUGAUCACCCAAUGUCUUAGUCUUAUGACUGAUCUUGGCGAGGACGACGACGAUGCCGCCGAAUGGCUGGCGUCUGACGAUCUUGACCAGGAAGAAAGUGAUCAGAAUCACGUUGCCGGCGAGCAGUGCAUGGACAGACUUGCCAACAAACUGGGAGGUCAAACUAUUCUGGCGCCGACCUUCAACUGGCUUCCCCGCAUGAUGACCUCGAUGGCAUGGAGGGACAGACACGCCGCCCUCAUGGCCAUCUCUGCUAUAUCUGAAGGCUGCCGGGAGCUCAUGAUCGGCGAACUCAGCCAGGUCCUUGAUCUUGUUGUUCCUGCGUUAAAGGAUCCGCACCCUCGUGUGCGUUGGGCUGGUUGCAACGCACUAGGCCAGAUGAGCACCGACUUUGCGCCCAAGAUGCAGACCGACUACUACGACCGCGUGCUCACGGCUAUCAUUCCUGUUCUCGAGUCACCCGAGGCUCGUGUCAAGUCGCACGCUGCCGCCGCCCUAGUCAACUUCUGCGAGGAGGCUGAGAAGUCAAUCUUGGAACCUUACCUUGACGAGCUCCUUUCUCACCUCUUCCAGUUGCUGCAGAACGAGAAGCGCUAUGUCCAAGAGCAGGCCUUGUCGACCAUUGCAACCAUUGCUGACGCUGCCGAGGCUGCAUUUUCCAAGUACUACGACACUUUGAUGCCUCUGUUGGUCAGCGUUCUUCAGAGGGAGAACGACAAGGAGUUCCGCCUCCUCCGCGCCAAGGCCAUGGAGUGUGCUACUCUGAUUGCUUUGGCGGUUGGCAAGGAAAGACUUGGGCAAGAUGCCAUGACUCUUGUCCAGCUCCUUGCCUCCAUCCAGCAGAACAUCACGGACCCGGAUGACCCGCAGGCUCAGUACCUGAUGCACUGCUGGGGUCGCAUGUGUAGAGUGCUCGGCCAGGAGUUUCUUCCAUUCCUACCUAAUGUCAUGCCCCCUCUUCUCGAGCUCGCCAGCGCAAAGGCCGAUAUCCAGCUUCUCGACGACGAUGAACAGGUCGAACAAAUCCAGCAGGAAGAUGGCUGGGAGCUCGUCCCACUCAAGGGCAAGAUGAUCGGUAUCCGAACCAGCACCAUGGAAGACAAGAACAUGGCCAUCGAGCUCCUGGUUGUUUACGCUCAGGUUCUUGAGGGAAGCUUUGCCCCUUACGUGGCUGAGAUUAUGGAGAAGAUUGCUCUCCCUGGUCUGGCCUUCUUUUUCCACGACCCCGUCAGAUUCAUCUCGGCCAAGCUGGUACCGCAGCUCCUCAGCUCAUACAAGAAGACCUACGGAAGCCCUUCGAACGAGCUCAACGGACUGUGGGCGGCGACUGUAGACAAACUUCUCGAGGUGUUGACGGCUGAGCCUGCCAUUGAUACCCUUGCCGAGAUGUACCAGUGCUUCUACGAGUCUGUCGAAGUCGUUGGAAAGGAGUGUCUCUCAACCGAGCACCUCUCCCGCUUCAUCGAUUCGGUUCACUCUGCCAUCGAGGACUACAAAGACCGUGUUGCCCAGCGUCUCGAGGAUAAGGAGGGCGUCGCGGCUGAGGACGCGGAAGACGAGGCCGAGGACGUCCUGCUGGCUAUCGAAGAUGACCAGACUCUCCUGUCCGACAUGAACAAGGCGUUCCACGCCAUCUUCAAGAAUCACGGCGCCGCUUUCCUUCCGUCUUGGGAACGCCUGCUUCCCACAUACGAGGGUUUCCUCAAGUCGGACGAUCCCACACAGCGUCAGUGGGGUCUGUGCAUCAUGGACGACGUCCUCGAGUACUGCGGCCUGGAGAGCCAAAAGUAUGCCAACCUCAUCACCCAGCCUUUGGUCGACGGCUGCAGAGAUUCGUCGCCCGCCAUCCGACAAGCCGCUGCCUACGGCAUUGGUGUGGCCGCACACCGCGGCGGCAUUCCCUGGGCACAGUUCCUUGGCGGCGCCAUGCCUUUCCUCUUCCAAGUCACGCAAGUGCCCGACGCGCGGAGCGAAGAUAACGUGUACGCGACCGAGAACGCCUGUGCUGCCAUUGCCAAGAUCCUUCACUACAACGCUGGUUCAGUGCAGGACCCCAACAACAUUGUCGCGCAGUGGAUCGAGACACUGCCGGUGACCAACGACGAGGAGGCGGCGCCUUACGCCUAUGCCUACUUGGCAGAGCUGAUUGACAAGCAACAUCCCGCUGUUGUCAACCAGGCCGGCAAGGUUUUCGUACUCACUGCCCAGGCUCUGGAGGCAGACACCCUCCAAGGGCAGACGGCAAGCCGCGUCGUAGGCGCCAUCAAGGCCCUCCUGUCCCAGGCGGGUGUAGACCCCACGCCUCUUCUGCAGCAGUUCUCGCCCGAGUCUCAACGAACAAUUACUUCGUACUUCUCUUGA